GUCAGCUAUCAGACCUGUCCACACUCUCCUCUUGUCCUUUACAAUUAUGAAAAAUCUACAUUUUAAGGAUUUCUUCUGGAACUCUGACCUGACCUGCACUGGUGGCUAUGACGCAAUCAUCCUGUAUCUCAAUGAUGGCAAGAGGACGUGCAAGGAGGUGGAGGAUUUCAUGAAGGCUAGGGCAUCAGUUGAAGAGAAGUACGCCAAAGAUCUCCUUGGUUUGUCCAAGAAGGUGUGUGGACACAAUGAGAUGAACACAUUAAAACGAUCCCUGGACAUGCUCAAAUUACAGACUGAACAUGUGAGUCUAUCACACUUACAACUGGCUCAGAGCAUGAGGGAGGAGGCCAAGAAACUGGAAGAAUUCAGAGAAAAACAAAAAGAAGCCAGGAAAAAGAUGGAACAACAGAUGGAUGUUCUCCACAAACAGAAGUCUACACAUUUCAAGAAGACAAUGGAUUCAAAGAAGACAUAUGAGCAGAAAUGCCGAGAUAAAGAAGAAGCCGAUCAGAACGUGAAUCGAAACACCAACACCAACAACACCAAGCAAAUAGAUAAGCUCUUCUCAAAAGCACAGAAUGCAAAACAGACUGCAGAGGAAGCAGACAGGUUGUACCAUCAGAAUGUGACCACAGUGGGAAAGAUUAGAGAUGAAUGGAUGAAGGAACAUAUCAACGCCUGUGAGAUGUUUGAGAAACAGGCAAUGGAGCGCAUUAACUGUCUGAGAAACACAGUCUGGACUCACCUCAACCAGCUAUCACAACAGUGUGUGACCAGUGAUGAGCUGUAUGAGGAAGUGAGGAAGUCACUGGAGCAGUGUGAUAUCCAGGAAGAUAUUGAACACUUUGUCAACCUCAGGCGGACCGGUGACAAACCGCCAGCUCCGGUUGUGUAUGACAACUUCUACAGUGGUCUGAGGCCUCCAGCUGUAGCUCCGCCCUCUCGACUGCCUCCCCCAAUCACCAGGAGGGGGCCUUUACCUGAUCCAACAAACGACAGUGGAGAUACAAUCUACUCAACAGUGCAGGACACAGGGUACAGUGUUAUCCAAUACUAACAUGCAGAUCUGCUGGAGAAGUUAUUGUACAUCCCAUGCAGCGCUGGCGCUUUGUAAUUAGAGGUUGGUUAUGUAAGUCUCAUCAGUUCCUCUUUUGUGAUUUCCUGUAACGAUGAGGUCGCACCAAAUAAAAAUCGGCGUCAGUACUGCGUACAUACAUAUUUCUUCUAGGUUGUGUGGUAUUUUGAAUAUAGAACAGUAAAUUAAGUGUUUUCUACAUCUCAAUGUAGCUUCAGUUGUGUAUUUAUGUUUUGUGGAGCUAUGCUUUUCUCAAAUGUUAACUAGAAAUCCACGAAAUAAGGCAAACUGAGAUCUUACUUUUUUUUUUCGUUUUCAUUUCCGCUUAGAUGUGAGUAGCAAUCAGCUGACUGAAAACUUGUGAUUAGAAGAAUCACACUCUCAUUUCCUAACCGUGUGUAGUAUGUGGAUCACUUGUCUUGCUUAUUGCUUUCCAUGAAAGUUCUGUUUUUGUCACUCAACCUGCAUGAUAGCAGUUUGACAGCUGUAUGUGCUGAACAACAGGCUUAUUUUCUAUUGUAGGAAAGGUAAAUUCAGCUCUAUGCCCUAGAUUUACAUUCAAGUAAUUAAAACAGAUAUGUGUGAUGAUGACAUGCAAUGUUUUCUGAAUACUUGAGGAUAAUUGUUAGAAUGUUUGCACUUUAAUUUUGCUUUAUUUAUGUUAACACAUAAUUUGUAGAAAUUGCUACAAACUGUGAUUAAGUUUGAAACUGCAGGAGUAAAAGGAUUGAAUGGCAUUUCACUGUGCAGCUGACCUGGUGCUGUUUUUGUGCAAAUAAAGUUACCGUUUUUCUCUGCACUUUAAGUAUGAAAGUUCCUCUACUCCCAGUUUAUCGUCUUCUUUCCAAUUGCAUCUCUAACUUACUAUUUGUCUGUUUGCCUGCAUCCACACUUACUAUUUAUUAUUUAUACAAUGUUUAAGACAGUACUUGAUACAAUGAAAGAUUCAAAUAAAAAUGUGUACAUCUUUAUUUCCA